AUGGACAACUCCACUAUCAGUUACAACACUUCAGAUAGCCACCUGGUCACACAUAGCCUGUGGGAGAUCAUCACUAUUGCUACGGUCUCAGCUAUAGUAAGCCUGAUCACAAUAAUUGGAAAUGUUCUAGUGAUGCUGUCCUUCAAGGUAAAUAGCCAACUGAAAACUGUUAACAACUACUAUCUACUAAGCCUGGCUUUUGCUGACCUUAUCAUUGGUAUGUUUUCCAUGAAUUUAUACACUUCCUAUAUACUCAUGGGCUAUUGGUCACUAGGUAGCCUUGCAUGUGACCUCUGGUUGGCUAUGGACUAUGUGGUUAGCAAUGCCUCAGUUAUGAACCUGCUAGUAAUUAGCUUUGAUCGUUACUUCUCCAUUACAAGACCGCUGACCUAUAGAGCUAAGCGAACGCCAAAGCGUGCUGGGAUCAUGAUUGGACUGGCUUGGCUGGUGUCCUUCAUCCUGUGGGCACCUCCAAUUCUGUGCUGGCAGUAUUUUGUAGGCAAAAGAAUAGUACCUGAGAGACAGUGUCAAAUCCAGUUCUUCUCAGAGCCAGUGAUAACUUUUGGGACAGCAAUUGCUGCAUUUUAUAUUCCAGUUUCUGUCAUGACCAUCUUGUACUGUCGGAUUUAUAAAGAGACAGAAAGGCGCACUAAAGACCUGGCAGAACUCCAGGAAGUCAACCAUUCUACAGACUCUGACAUUAAAAAUCAGCCUCAGAUGCCCACAAUUAGGUCCUGCUUCAGUACCACGCCCAGAAGGCAAAACCAGGUAUCCUGGGCGUCCUCCAGCCGUAACAACACUUCUAAAUCUGCUACCACCUUCAGUGACGAGUGGUCUAAAGCUGACCACCUUACCACUUUUGCCAGCUAUGCAUGUUCUGAAGAAGAGGAAUGUGCUCCUGGAGUCCUGGUGGUCUACAGGAAUCAUACAUGCAGGGAGAACAAAACAGUCCUGUCCAAUAAUGGUGAGGAAGAGAAUUUGUUCCUAUCACCAGGUAAAACCAACUCUGAGUCCAUGAGCAUGCAGUCCAUAGCCUUGUCCUCUAAACCUAACAACCCAAUGCUGAAGAGCCAGAUAACCAAGCGCAAGAGGAUGGUUUUGAUCAAAGAAAGAAAGGCAGCACAGACUCUUAGCGCUAUUCUGCUGGCCUUCAUCCUCACAUGGACACCUUACAACAUCAUGGUGCUUAUCUCCACCUUCUGUUCAGAUUGCAUACCUCUGUCUCUAUGGCACCUGGGCUACUGGCUAUGCUAUGUCAAUAGCACUGUCAACCCAAUGUGCUAUGCUCUCUGUAACAAAACCUUUCAAAAGACCUUCCGGAUGCUCCUCCUCUGCCAGUGGAAGAAGAGACUGGAGGAUAAACUUUUUUAG